AUGCGCAUCCUUAACCACUUGCACGAGCCUGCCGUGUUGAAGAAGCUGCAACUCCGCCACGGACAAUUCAGCCAUCGACCAGCGCGCCGUUGUCUUGCGGACCCAGGUACGAUCUUGUUUCAGACCCGCGUUCGCGGGUGGGUGGCCGGCCGCAAGUUCCGUGUCGCGUUGGCCAAGGAACGCCAGCGCGUCCCCGAGACCAAGACCCAAGCAAAUGCGAAAGCACCAGCGGAAGCGGCUGCAAGGUCAGAAGACAAGAAAAGAGCACUCUGGCGUCUGCGGCCGCCCGUGUCGCCGAAGCCGCCGUUGUGGAGACCUAAAAGGCCGCCAUGGCGGCACUCACGCACAAUCGAGUCAUCCAAGCCGAGAACGAGGCGCUGCGGCCAACAUGGCGGCGUAUAUCGCCGAACACGCGGCGCCGAACUGCUGCGCGAAACCGAACGGCUCAAGUACCAAGUCCUUACGUUGCAGAGCAAGCUGGUGUGGGCGCAGGAAGUGUCGUUGGUGUCGGCCAAGGUUGUCGACAGUCGGUUGACAUUCCGCGAAGGCCGGCAGCUUAACGGGUUCCGCCGCAAGGACAUCCCGGACUUGCCCAACAAGCAACUGUUUGGGUCGGACAGAUCGAUCCAAGUACGUAUCGACAAGCUGAACCAGUUCCUUGAAGCGGCGACCAACACGGACUGCUUGCCGUGGGGCGUCCGCGUCGACCAGGACAAGUAUGUGUACAAGUGCCGCACGCGGAGCUCGUCUUGCGCUGAACGAGACUCCAUGUCGGUGCGUACUGUAGAAUAG